CACCCUGCUGUGAACAGAGGGAGGGAGCAACAGAAGGAGUAUAAAAGCAGCAGCUGGAGAAUGAACUCCACAAGCUACAGCAGAUCCAAGAGCUUCUCUUCAUAGAAAACAAAACAACUCUAACAGAAGACUAGAACUUCCCAUACUGAAAUAAUGGAAGCAGAUAAGCAGAACGUACAGACGGAGAAGGUUCAGGUCACAGAGCGUGAUCUGUCUGAGCAGAUAAAGGCUGUGACUAAAGACAGCCACGUCCGAGCCGAGAACACAGAACUGAUGCUGGCCUUCCAGAAAGCAAACAUCAGCCUGCAUCAGUAUAAGCUCCUGCUGUGCUCCUUGUACAAGAUCUAUGAAGCUCUGGAAGAGGAACUGGACAGGAACGCCUCUCACGAGAGUGUCGCACCAAUAUACUUUCCUCAGGAACUGGCCAGGAUGGAGGCACUCCAGAAAGACCUGGAGCACUUUUAUGGUCAAGACUGGAGAGAGAAGAUGACCGUACCGGCUGCUACACUGCGAUACGCUCAGAGAUUGAGAGAGAUCGGCAGCGAGCAUCCUGAAUACCUGGUGGCUCACGCUUACACUCGCUACCUGGGUGACCUGUCAGGGGGCCAGAUUUUGGGCCGUAUUACCCAGAAGUCUUUGGGACUGAAGAACGGAGAGGGCUUGGGGUUCUUCUCGUUUCCCGCUGUCAGCAGCCCGAAUCUGUUCAAGCAGCUGUACAGAAGCAGGAUGAACAGCAUCGAGCUGACAGAGACGCAGAGAGCGGGAGUGCUGGAGGAAGCCGUCAGAGCCUUCGAGUUCAACAUCCAGGUGUUUGAAGAACUCCAGAAGUUGCUGAACAUGUCAGAGAAGAACGAGCUGAGGCAAAGACACAAAACACAUGACGUCAAGACUCCAGAUAUCAGCGUGAGCCAGAGAUCAGCAGUGACCUCCUCACUGACGUCCGGCUCUCAGCUGCUCAGGAUGCUGCUCGGUUUGUGUUUGGCUCUGGCACUUGGAAUGGGAGUGUAUGCGUUUUAAAUAUACGACUGAAUAUCGUGUAAAAUACUGUAAAUAGUAUGCAAAUGUAAAUCAAGUCACGGGUAUUAAAAAAAAAAACAUGUGGUUCAGGAAGAAUUUCAGCAUGCACUUUUUUGGAGUUUUUUUUUUUUACAAUCUGGUUGUUUUGUACACUGUAUAAUAAUGAAUAUUGUUACUGUUUUAUUUUUUUUAUUUCUUGAUGACAGGAUCAGUAAAGUCAUUGUUCAGACAUACUGUAUUUCCCAGCUAAUGUUCUGUAUUGGAUGUAGCAUUUCAUACUGUACCGAGAUAAAAUGUUAAAUACUGUUAAUUGUACAUCAAAUGUACAUACUCUGCUUAUUUAAAACAAAAUAAUAAUAAUAAAACAUGGAAGAUUUAAACA